AUGAGUGGUGACCCCGAUGUUUUGGAGUAUUACAAGAAUGACCACUCCAAGAAGCCGAUCCGGGUCAUCGACCUGCACUGCUGUGAGCAGGUGGACUCGGGCCUGACCUUCAAGAGGAAGGAGUUCCAGGCCAGCUUCGUGUUCGACAUCAAGACCUCGGACCGCACUUUUUAUCUGGUGGCUGAGACCGAGGAGGAGAUGAACAAGUGGGUGCGCUCCAUCUGCCAGCUGUGUGGCUUCAACCAGUCGGAGGACAGUCACGCAGACAUCGGCUCUUAG